GUAGAUCACCUCCAUCUGCCUUCGAAGUACCGUAUGAUUCUUUCCGCAAAGAAUGUGAUUCUAGUGUAGUAGACACUAAUGACAUUAGUUCCUCUGCUGAUGUUGUGGAGGAAGUUAAAUCAAAGGAAUUGGACUAUGACUUCAUUUGCUUUUUCCUCUCAAACCAAAGGGUUGAUCUAUACAGAUCAAUUGAUUGGCGAUGUGAAGAUAUGGUGUCAGGAACUGAUGGUAUCUUGUCUGAGGCUAGAUGGCUUCUUGAUGCAGAUCUUAUUCCAAAUUCCAAUUCAGCAACCAGAGCAAUUGGCUAUGGAGUAUUUGUUAGUGUGUAGGGAGCAAGGAGGUAGUUCUUCACCAAGAGAGUUCUACAACUUUUUGACUGAAUUUCAAAAGGCAUCUAGAAUCUCUUGAUGUACUUGAGAAUUGGGUUUUGGAAUUGUUUGGUAACAUCAUAAAAGGUCCCCAUGUAAAUCUGGAAUUCAAGGCAGAAGGUCCAAUUUGGAAAGCUGGAAAACUUUAUAGGCUAGAGGCUGUUAAAGAUGUUCAGUGGGAGAGGAGAGGCAGCAGCCAAUACACCCAAGCGGAUAUUGAUCAAGUGCGAAAUAAGUGGGGGAAGUUUGUUGUCAACACAUGAGCAAGAGUCAUGAAGUAGCGCGCUUGUUGCUGGUACAUUUUAGAU